AUGGCUCCUCCUUCAGAAGACACACUGACAAAGGUUUCCACGGAUGCGGCAACCGACUUUGUCCAGUCCUUCUACCCUGCCCUCGAGAACAACCGUUCCACGAUAGCCUCGUUCUACAGCCAGCCCACGGCCAUGAUCCUUUUUAACGGAAACGCUGUCGCCGAUGGAGCCGCCGUCCAAGAGAUUUUUGUCAACCAAAUGUCCCCGACGCAUUACGAAGUGCAGUCCGUCGAUUGCCAGAUUAUCAACAAGGCGUAUCCAACACCUACCUCGACUGGAGUGAAGCUCCCCACUGAAACGACUGUCAAGGACAUGUCUAUCUUGGUUGUCGUUAGCGGCUAUGUGCGCUUUGGAGAGUCCAGAGAUUUGCCCCAACGAGGCUUCAGCGAGACCUUUGUGCUGGUGCCGAAUCCUUCCGCCGACGGGCCCAAAGGGAAGCGCAAGCGAGAAUGGCUUAUCCAAACCCAGAACUUCCGACUCGUCGUAUGA